AUGGAUCUGUCAAUAAUCUUCACCCUGACAGUGUUGGGUUUAAUCUAUAACCUGGAGAAUGUGAAUGAUGAACUAGGUGCAGCCACGUGCCAAUGCAUGCUGCAGUGUACAGAGGAGAUGCAAGAGCGCAUGACACAGCUCCUGUUGGAAAUUGAGGAGGGGGAGAAGGAGCAGAGCUGGGCGCACAUGGGAGCCCUGCUCUUAUCUGCGUUGCAGCACUGGCAGUUCUGGGCCUGUGUUGGUGUUGCCCUCCUGUUCUUUUGGAACUUGUGGCUGCUCCUUAGAGAUAUCCCAGAACAUGAAAGCAGCAGUGAGGAGGAGAGCUCCAGCAGUGAAGAAGAGGGGAAAGAGAAAGAAAGAGUACCACCACUCCCCAAUGAUGCAAGAGAUCUGCCUGAAUUUGUAGCUCAGCGCAUCUACUGGCCACUCCCGGAUCCGACCAUCAGAUCCAUCGGAGUGGGCAGUGCCUUUGAAGGUUGGAAUCCUCAUGGGAAUGAGGCUGUCUACCACCUACUUGUGCCCAUGACGGCCCCGCGUGGACACUCCUUCCACCUGGAGCUGGGCAAUGAGGACGAUAUACUGGCGAGGAACUCCUCUAUCUGUGUGGAGCUGGAGUGCACGUGCGCGCGGCAGCAGGACUUUGGGGACAUGCUGUGCUUCCUCCACCAUUCUGAGGAUGAGCUGAAAAAACAGGACCCGAGCCUCCUAGACACCCUCUGCACCGAUUCCUACCUAGAUGCGGAGAAGACUGCAAGGUGGUUCCAGAACUUUGUGAAAACAGCCUGGGUGGUUAUCCCUCAGUCGCAGGUUUACAAUGUAAAUGUGCUGCCCUCCACCCGCAUGUGCAAGCUCCGGCUGACAAAUGCUGCCAGGAGAAACCUCACCAUUGAGAUAAUAUUUGGGGUGCAGCAAGGCGAUUCUGAGCAGCCAGAGGGCAUAGGCCAUCUUUACCCCCAGCAUGUUAGGUGCCAACUUUGCCACCCAUGCCUUGAAUACAGCUGUCACGCACUUCCUGACCACCAUCCCCUUGGCAAGCAUGCACAGGAGGGAUUUCCAGCCCCACAGCCAGCAAUGAUUGUGGUGGCUACAAAGACGACUGACAGACAUCCUGCUUGCCACAGGCCCCAAAGCUGUGCAUGCUGGACAUGGAGAAGAUGCUGCUCAGUUGCCAGUGGGACGUGCGGUGGGGACCGAGGGCGGGGCGGGGGGGUCCUGUGA